CAUGAACUUGCGGACUUUAGCACGAUUCUUACCUGGUUGUAACAAGGCUGGAGGUUCAUUAAGGCCCCUGAGAUUUCCCCUAGCGGCAUCAGGACAGCUUCUGCGAUUUCUCAUCCAGUACAGCUUGUUUCGGGUUUAAGAUACGAAGUAGGACUGAUCCAGUACACCUCCGUCUCCUAUGGUUCCUUACCCUUCUAUACCAUACCACUCCUCCUGGAUGCUGAAGGGGCUAGCUGGGGGGCUAGUUAGGCCGAUUGUAAAGUUAUCUAACCAUCUCUGCAGCCUGGCGCGGCUAUGGAGAGAUCUUUGGGUCUAACCCCAGUUUUCACGCAUACCCCCUCUACAUAUGGACACACAAGCCUCCUUGAAUUAAUUUCAUCUUCACGAUUAUUGCAAAUUUGCUAACGCUACAUCCAUAGGGAGGGCUUCGCCUGAGUGAUUGCGCUUCAUGCUUUGUACGAAGAGAUAAAGGUAAAAAAGAAAGAAAAAAUCUUCGGCCAAAACCGCUUGAUUCACACGAAAGGUUCGUGUGCUGCCCUGCACACUUGGGACACCUAUAUGAGCUGCGUCGACAGCACGUAAAGCAGACAUUAUCGAGAUGGCAGUUACGCUCAAAAAGGUCAUCCUCUGAAGCGGAAGGCUUCCUGAAUUGUGCGCCGUUAAUACAAAACAAGUUCCAGUCAGCUUUUGACUAGGUGCCUUCGGGGAGCAAUAUAACAUCUCUUAAUUCAAAACGUUGGCUUUAGCAGAUUCGCUUUCCGUCAAGCACACCUUUCGUUUGAUUCGACCAUCAAAUCGACCCCGUGCAUAGUUUCUCAAUUACCAAUAGCUUGGGCGGGUCAAAAUUACAUGCGAGGAGAUUGGCCGGCUCCUGGAAUCGAGAGUUCAGCUGCUUGCCCUAAUUCCCGCGCCAUUUAUUGUGCGCUUUUCACGGACAAGAUCCAGAGCCCAACAGAGGUUCCGCCCGCAAAAAGGCAAGUGCAGAGAGCAGCAUGAGCCGCCUUUGUUAAUAAUAUAUAGUUAACGUCGAAUUUAACGGUAUUUAAGUUGUGAGCAAGAAAUGGUCAUGGUAAUUUCGAAGAAGCACAGGCUGAAACCCUCACAAACUGCAAUGCUUCAUUCAUGCCUGGAGGACGAAGUUUGGGCCCUUUGUCUGUAGUGACUUGCCGCGCUAGGAAAUCCUUCAUACGAAAUACCCCGCGGCGCACAGCCCCAGCAUUGACAGUUAUUCUGCCCUCAAACUGCUAGAUUUAUGUGAUAUUAUUUCACCCAUUCCUGAGAAACUAACAUCACCCAUUCCUUGUUGCAUGUUUCUUUUUCAGUUUUAUUUAUUUUAUUUUUCUUCGUCGUGAAUCUCCACACCCAAGAGUUUCGCUCGGUUGGAGUGGCCGAAAGCUUGUUCCGUAAGCCGAACCAGAGCUAUUGAAUCAAGCAAAAUGAAUGAGGGCACGCCGUUGAUUGUUCCCCGUGGUUUCAGCCAUGCAGUCCACGAACUGAGAAAGUCCUCAUCCAUUGUAAGUAACAACACUUCCGGCGCGGCGGCGUUGGGGAAAAGGAAAAGGAGGGGUAGAGGGGCUUUUUUUCGAUCCCUCGAGAUAUUCAAAGACAGAUCGACGGGACUCAUUUUGUCCAUUGAGAGUUCAAAGUUAUGCCAGCACUCCCAAAGAAAAUCCUGGUGCCGCGAACACGUCGAGGAAGCCACGGUAUUUAGUUUGCUGUUGUCACCGUACUCCUUUCCUCUGCAGCAUAAUCUAACUGAUACCAUAGAUGAAGGUUCGCUGCCUCCCGUUUUCAAGGUGUGGAUUGAUGAUGCUAUGAAGAGCCUGCUUGACCAAGAAGAUACGGACAAGAAUUUGCAGAUUACCAUCCUUGAUAAUGGGCCAAAGGUGAUUUCGUUGGGAACCUUGCUCUCUGACGGCGGUCGGACGCGGGAAAUCCGAGGCACAUAUCUGCUUGCAAAUCUACUCGAGGAACUACAUUUGACGAAGGGGAAGCAUGCAUCAAAGCUGAUCCACUUCAGCGAUGUCUCCGAAGACCCGGUUAGCCGUAUCAACCGAAAAAUUAAGGACGAGUACUGGAACAACUUGACUAGACGGCUAGACGAGUCUAUGAUCGAGGCUGCUGCGCCGGACCCCAAGGACUGGAACGAGAACCCGCGCCCACGGAUUUUUGUUCCAUAUGGCGAGGGGCGACUGUACGAUUAUUACUGCCAAGUUUCAAAGAACAAACCCGAAUUAAAACUGGAGGUGCAGUACCUCCCCCAGGGAGAGGUUACCGCUGAAUUCGUUCAUGGCCUUCGAGAUCGACCUGGUUUGCUCGCGCUCGAAAUGGAUUAUUCGAACCCAGAUAAAUUGCGGGGACUGCAGUUUAUUGUACCUGGUGGUCGAUUCAAUGAAUGCUACUAUUGGGAUAGCUAUUUUGCCUGUCUUGGUCUCCUGGAAAUCGGAAGGAUUGAUCUUGUGAGGGACAUUCUUAAUAAUUUCAUAUUCCAAGUGAAACAUUAUGGCAAGAUUCCGAAUGCAAAUCGGUCAUAUUAUCUCUGCAGGUCGCAACCGCCGUUUCUCUCGGAUCUCGCCGUGCGAACUUUCCAAGGCAUGAACAACAAGGAAGAGGCAGCUGAAGUUUUGCGAUCCGGGAUUCUGGCAGCAAUCAAAGAGUACUUCACCGUUUGGAUGUCGGAACCGCGAUAUGAUCCGACAACUGGACUCUCGCGGUUUAAGCCGCCUGGUAAGGGUAUCCCCUUGGAAGUCGAAGAAGGUCAUUUCGACGCGGUUCUCUACAGCUACGCAGAAAAGUACACUUGUACAAUUCCCGAGUUUAUUAACCAGUAUAACUCUGGGAAUGUAAAUGAACCUGAACUAGAUGAAUAUUUCAUGCAUGAUAGGGGAGUGCGGGAAUCGGGACAUGACACGUCCUAUCGGUUCGACCAAGGCUGUGCAGACCUUGCCACUGUGGACCUGAAUUGCCUUCUAUACAAGUACGAAACCGAUAUAACUUGGGCCAUCAAGACGGUUUUCAACGACAAGCUCCCCAUACCAGCCGAAUGGCGCACGACAGACAUGGGGGAUGACCAUGUCGAAACAUCAGCGUCCUGGCUCCAGCGUGCCAAUCAGCGCCAGGAGCGUGCAAACAAAUACCUCUGGGACCCUGAACAGGGAAUGUACUUUGAUUACAACACAAGAACCCAUAAGCGCACCACCUAUGAAUACGUGACAACCCUAUAUCCGCUCUGGUGCGGCAUCGCCAGCCGCGAACAAGCCGAAUCCCUCCUUGCAAGAGCACUACCAAAAUUCGAAUGUGUCGGCGGCCUCAGCACCAGCACGGAGCAGUCCCGGGGCCCAGUCAGCAUGCCUCACCGUCCCCCGAAGCAAUGGGAUUUCCCCUUUGGAUGGGCGCCACAUCAGAUGCUUGCCUGGGAUGGGCUGAAGCGAUACGGUUACUUGCAUGAAAUGGAAAGGCUCGUAUACCGUUGGCUGCAACUUAUGGUUAGGGUCGCGGUGAAUUACCACGGAGCGAUCGUGGAGAAGUAUGAUGUGACUCAACUGGAUAACCCCAGCCAGGUCGAUGCGGAGUACGGGAAUCAGGGGUUGGAUUUUAAAUACGCGAAUAUUGAGGGAUUCGGCUGGAGUAAUGCUAGCUUUUCGUAUGGGCUAUCCUUGAUCAAGCAUCAGAAACUAAUGGUGAAAGCUCUGGGACUCUGUGUCCCAUACGAUGAUUUACGUAUGGAGAGAGUUCAUCGUUGACAUAUUCAUAUCGGCGGGCAUUUAUAUUCCCUGCGGAAUAUCAUGAAUUUCCAACUUCUACUCUCCACACCGCGAGUACAUGAAUGUUAAUGACGAUGCGACGGAUAGAUAGGCUUAGAUAGGGGCUUUUGGAUACGACGAUAUCAUGACAUCCAUUUUUUUUUUUUUUUUUUUUUAAAUAUAUAUAUAUAAUA